AUGAUAUCCUUGGCUACCUUAUGGAUUUGGCUGGUUUAUCCUGUUACAUGCUUUGCCAAUAGUCAGAAUCCAAGCCAUAAUGUGGCGACCAAGAAGGAGAUCAGCUUGGAAGGAGACUUAGUUAUUGGAGGCCUGUUCCCCGUUCAUGAGAAAGGUGGCCCCGCGGAGGAUUGUGGCAAAAUCAAUGAACAUCGUGGCAUCCAGCGUCUUGAGGCUAUGCUGUUUGCCCUAGAUGAGAUCAACAAGAAUCACCAUAUUCUACCAGGCAUUACCCUAGGGGCACACAUCCUGGAUACCUGCUCCAAAGACACCUAUGCCCUGGAGCAAUCGCUGGAUUUUGUCCGUGCCUCCCUCACCAGAGUGGAUGGCUCUGAGCACAUCUGCCCUGAUGGGUCCUACGCCAUCCAUGACGAUGUACCUACAGCCAUCACAGGUGUCAUUGGGGGUUCCUACAGUGAUGUCUCAAUCCAGGUGGCCAAUCUCCUGCGGCUGUUCCAGAUCCCUCAGAUCAGUUAUGCUUCCACCAGUGCCAAACUGAGUGACAAGUCUCGCUAUGAUUACUUUGCUCGCACUGUCCCACCAGACUUCUACCAGGCCAAAGCUAUGUCUGAGAUCCUGCGCUUCUUCAACUGGACCUACGUCUCCACCGUGGCCUCUGAAGGAGACUAUGGAGAAACAGGCAUUGAAGCUUUUGAACAACAGGCUCGGGCCCGCAACAUCUGCAUUGCCACUUCUGAGAAAGUGGGACGCUCUAUGAACAAGAAGACUUUUGAUGGGGUGAUUAAGGCACUGAUGCAAAAACCCAGUGCAAGAGUGGUAGUGCUAUUUACCCGAAGUGAAGAUGCUCGGGAGCUGCUAGCAGCUGCUCAAAGGAUUAAUGUGUCCUUCACCUGGGUGGCCAGUGAUGGUUGGGGGGCUCUGGAGAGUGUAGUGGCUGGCAGUGAGCCAAUUGCUGAUGGUGCUAUCACUAUUGAACUGGCAUCCUACCCAAUACAGGAAUUUGCUGUGUACUUCCAAAACCUCAACCUCCACAACAACAGCCGAAAUCCAUGGUUCCAGGAGUUCUGGGAACACAAGUUCCAGUGUAGUUUCCACAGCCAGAACUGCAGUCACUUCUCCUUGAAGUCAGGGCAGUUUGAACAGGAAUCAAAGAUCAUGUUUGUGGUCAAUGCAGUCUAUGCGAUGGCCCAUGCCCUUCAUAACAUGCAUCAAGCACUCUGCCCCAAUGCCACCAAGCUCUGUGAUUCCAUGAAGCCGGUGAAUGGUAAGCGGUUCUACAAGGAUUUCAUGCUCAACGUAACUUUUGAUGCUCCAUUUCGACCACCACUAGACACCAAAAGUAUGGUUCGAUUUGACCAAUGUGGAGAUGGAAUUGGUCGUUACAAUAUUUUCAACUACCAGAGAGCCAAUGGGAGAUAUCGCUAUCAGAAGGUAGGCUACUGGGCAGAAGGACUCCUUUUGAACACCAGCCUCAUUCCAUGGGUGAAGACCUCCAUUCCUGUUUCCCAGUGCAGCGAUCCCUGCAAGAAGAAUGAAAUGAAGAGCAUGCAACCAGGAGACAUGUGCUGUUGGAUAUGUAUCCCAUGCCAGCCAUAUGAAUUUCUGCUGGAUGAAUUUACUUGCAGAGAUUGUGGCCUUGGUUAUUGGCCCAAUAUGACUUUAAAUGGAUGCUAUGAACUACCCCAAGAGUAUAUUCACUGGAAGGAUGUCUGGGCUAUUGGGCCAGUCACAAUUUCUUGCCUUGGUUUCAUGUCCACUCUGUUUGUUUUGGGGUUUUUUGUUAGGAAUAAUGACACUCCCAUUGUGAAAGCAUCAGGCCGAGAACUAUGCUACAUCCUGCUGACUGGAGUGCUGAUGUGCUACAGCAUGACAUUUAUCUUCAUUGCCAAGCCUUCCACUGUGGUCUGUACUCUGCGGCGCCUAGGGUUGGGCACCUCCUUUGCUGUCUGCUACUCUGCCCUCUUGACCAAGACAAACCGCAUUGCACGGAUUUUCAGUGGAGUCAAAGAAGGCGUGCAGCGUCCACGGUUCAUAAGCCCCACCUCCCAAGUGGUCAUCUGCCUGGCUCUUAUUUCAUGCCAGCUCAUUAUUGUCAUGAUCUGGCUCAUGGUGGAGAUCCCAGGCACACGAAAGGAGACUGAGUCUGACAAAAGGUAUAUUGUCACCCUCAAAUGCAGCAACCGAGACUCCAGUAUGCUAAUUUCACUCACCUACAAUGUCCUCUUGAUCGUGUUAUGUACAGUCUAUGCCUUCAAGACCAGAAAAUGUCCAGAAAACUUCAACGAGGCCAAGUUCAUUGGAUUCACCAUGUAUACCACAUGCAUCAUUUGGCUAGCCUUCCUGCCCAUCUUCUAUGUUACCUCCAGCGAUUACCGCGUUCAGACCACGACGAUGUGCAUCUCAGUUAGCCUAAGUGGCACAGUAGUUCUUGGCUGCCUCUUUACUCCCAAGCUGCAUAUCAUUCUGUUCCAGCCCCAGAAAAACGUAGCCAGCCAUCGCGUUUCCACCAACCGAUUCAGUGUGACAGCUGCAGGCUCCAGCCACUCGCAGGGGUCAACUUCUCAAUAUGUCCCAACAGUCUGCAAUGGCCGCGAAGUGGUGGAUUCUACAACCUCAUCCUUGUGA